CCCAUGCGCCAGGCGGCCGGACGGCGGCGUCGGGGGGCGCCAUGGCCUCGGCGGCGGCGGGCGAAGCGGAAGAGACCACCCGGCUGCGCAAGCCGCGCUUUUCGUUUGAGGAGAACCAGAUCCUGAUCCGUGAGGUGCGCGCCCACUACCCACAGCUCUACGGCGCGCAGAGCCGUCGGGUGAGCGUGGCCGAGCGGCGGCGUGUGUGGGACGGCAUCGCCGCCAAGAUCAACGGCAUCACCAGCUGGAAGCGCACUGGCCAAGAGGUGCAGAAGCGCUGGAAUGACUUCAAGCGCCGCACCAAGGAGAAGCUGGCCCGCGUGCCGCACUCCACGCAGGGCGCCGGGCCUGCCGCCGAGGACGCCUUCUCCGCGGAGGAGGAGACCAUUUUUGCCAUCCUGGGGCCGGGAGUGGCGGCACCGGGAGCUGGUGCGGGAGCCGAGCAGCCCUCGGUGGCCGCUUCCUCACAGCCGUCAGCCGCAAGUGCGGGCACCCAACGCUACGUCUUGUCCGAGGACCGCAGGGAAGACCGACGGGCAGAUACACCAGCCCACAGCAAGGGGGGCUCCAGCAGCCCCGAGCAGUGGGCCCGGCCCUCCUGCAGCCCCCAGGAAGGGGGCUGCCCGCCACCCAAGGAGCGUGAGUCCCCGCCCCCUCCGGCCCUGCAGACCGUGCAGCUGCCGCGCCUGGCCUUGUCUCCUCCGCCCCCGGCCCCUCCACCGCCACCACCCCAGCCGCCUCAGCAGGUCCACGUGGCACCCUCGUCCCCCAGCCCACCACCUCCUCCACUGCCACCACCCACGCCCUCGGCCCCGGACCCCUCCCUGGACUUCCUGCGGGCCCAGCAGGAGACGGCCAACGCCAUCCGGGAGCUGGCUGGCACCCUUCAGCAGGGACUGGCCAAACUGAGCGAGGCCCUCAGCGCCCUACUGCCCCUUCUGCCCGGAACCGCUGUCGACAGGCUGCCCCCGCCCCCGCCCCCGCCCCCACCCCCCAGGCCCCUCUUGCCCCCGCCUACCCCGAAAGCGGAGAUCACCCCAGAGCCCGUGUCCGUGGUGGCUGCCGUGGUGGACGGAGCGGUGGUAGCAGCCAGGGGGGUGAUCAUCGCCCCUAGGAGCGAGGAGGCGGGGGCCCCCCGGCCUCCCCCGGCUCCCCUUCCUCCGCACGACUCACCCCCACACAAGAGGAGGAAAGGUUUCCCUACACGGAAGAGGCGGGGGCGUUGGAAAUCUCCCUGAAAUCUGCUGUUGGGUUCGAGCUCCUUCUGCCUGUACCUCCUCCCCACCCCCACCCCCAGCUUAGCCCAGUGGAGGAGGGCGACGCACCUUCCCCAUCUCGGCUGCACCCUGGCUCCCUGCUGCGGGGGGGCGCGAGCACCCCACUCCCUAUACUAGUUAGUGCCUGAUUCUCAGGGGGGCUUGUUGAUGGGUCCCCCACCCCUUUCUCCAGUACAGCGCUGUCUGCCUGGCUGCUUCCCUGAACCCUAACUUCUAAGCCAUCAAUUUUAACGUUAUUUAUUAUUGCCCUUUGUGGGUUGCGGAGAGAACCUCUCGGGUCUGCACAUGCGCCCCCCUUCCCUAACAGCUCCUGGUCUUGACUUGAAGAGAAUUGACCCGUAGGGGCCUCCUCACCUCCCCAAUCCAGACUUUGGAGGGGGUGGGAGUCGCAAGACAAAUCAGAAUAUGGAUGACAAAGGAUAUAGCAGUCUGUACCCUAGGGAGAGGGGGGCAGAGUUCUCACUGGGGAGAUACAGGUUGGGCCCUCUGCCUCCCAUUGCAGUCUCUGACUUCCAGAGCUCAACCCCCUCAUUUCUCCCCAGUGGUGACAAGAUAUGAAUAAACUUAUUUUUAAUACAAUUA